AUGGAGCUCUCGGGGCUUCUGCCAGUGCUGGUACUGUUCAUCCUUCUUGUGGGUGUCCGGGAAACUGGGCUGGUUGAGGGAUCCCUUCGGGAUUCCUGUCCCAAAAUCAAAGAAAAUUGCAAAUAUCGAGAAAGGAGCCAUUGUCAAAAGCACAGAGACUGCCCGACGAAGAUGAAGUGUUGUGAUCUUAGCUGUGGAAAGAAAUGUAUAAAUUCCAAGCAAGACCUGUGCAGUUUGCCAGAGGAUAGAGGUCCCUGCGUGGCCUUCCUUCCACGCUGGUGGUAUGAUAAAGUCGUCAACUUCUGCAUCGCAUUCAUCUACGGUGGCUGCCUAGGAAACAAUAACAACUUCCAAUCUGAAGAUAUCUGCAUGAAAGACAACUCUGUGUUUGGUUGA